AUGUUCUCCUCCUGGACACUCGGCGGUGGGGGCAGAGGCCCCCAGGAUGGGACCAUUGGUCUUGGAGAGAAAAUAUACUAUGUAUGUACAAAAUACAGAAGUAACUUGUGCCGAGGUGCUGGGAAUACGAAAAAUGGAAAUUUCACUCUCACUUGCAAUCACACGCAUCCGCCAAAUGCAUUGGAACUGAAGGAAAGAGCGUUUAAACGAGCACUUUACGCUGAAGUAAUUGAAAGUAGAGAAACUUCUAGAAAGAUUUAUGAUAAACUUCGUCCAGCACAUGCCGAAGCAUCUGUCAACAUAACAUUUCCAUCUAUUGAAAGUUCGAUGUAUAAAUGGCGAACAGGAUUUGUGCCUCCAUUACCAAAUUCGUUUGCUUCCUACACAGAAAUUGUAAACUCCAAUGAAUGGAAUCAUAUGUUAACGUACAGUAAUUCAUAUGAAUUAAACGUUUCUUUCGAAGUUGCUGAAGACAGAACUCAAGCAAUUGUAUUUACAGAUAUAAAUUUUGCUAGUACCAUUAUAAAUGAUGGCGUGGUAUUUAUAGAUGCCACAUACAAAGUUGUACCACGUUUAAACAAAGCAUUCCAACUUUUGACACUCAUGACAAAGAAGUUUGGUCAUGCAAUUCCUUUUGCUUGGGCGAUCAUGAAUAAACGAACAACUUUUACGUAUGCAGCUGUAUUCAGUAAAUUAAAAGCGUUACUACCUGGAUUUACAAUAAAGGAAUCGAUGACUGACUUCGAAGUAGCGUUACGCAAUGCGUUGCGAAAAGAAUUCCCAGAAAUAGACUUGCAUGGAUGUCUUUAUCAUAAAACUACGGCGUUGUACAGAAAAGUUAAAAAUUUAAAUUUGCAAGAAGUUUUAUUUAAAACAGAUGAAGGAUAUAAUUUCUUAAGACAUUUGUCAGCCUUGCCGUUAUUGCCACCGAAUGAAAUUCGACAGACGUACAACGAAAUUCUUCGUUCACUGACCUUGCAAACCCGAACAAAAAUCACACUUUUCAUAAAAUAUUAUGAAAAGGAGUGGCUAAGGAAAGUCACACCAGAAGUUUUUAGUGUUUUUGGGUUGACGGAUAGAACCAACAACGUCUUGGAAGCAAAUAACCGCCAAAUGAAGCAGAAGCUUGGAGUAAAACCAAAAAUUUGGUGUUUCACAGGGUGGCCACCGAACCUUGAAACCUUGAAAACCUUGAAAUGGACGUGA